AUGUCUGACUUGUCAUCUGGUGCUUUCCUCGAUCUCUUAACUUGUUUAGUCCAUAUUCUCCGUAUGGUUAAAAAUAAAAAUAAACGAGUGAACCAAGGCGACUCUGCACAAAACUCUUUUGAUAUUGAUAUGGCCGAAAAAAUCAAACGAGCGACUGAAAUGGUCAUAGAAAAAAUGGGAAUAUUUCUAGCGCUUGCUUCUGCUGCACGCUUUAAUUCAUAUUUUUAUACACGUCGCCAGUAUAUUUCACAAGAAUAUAAUGAACAUCCUGUUGCUCCAUUGCAUUUAUUAUCCAAAGUUGAGCAUCCCACCUCACUGAAACAAACACAUUUUUUGGUGCAACAUUUGAUUACGAAGUUCAAGGAGGUUUGGCUAUUGCCGUCCGCUUCACAACUUCUUUCCUCCGAAGACAUUAAAUCCAAUGGUGUACCUGAAUCUUUAUCGAAACGUCUCAGCAUGUUUGCUCUCAACCCACUUUCAUUACCGAUAGAGUCAGUUCUCUGCAACAGUCUGCCACUGGAAAUUGUAUCUGCUGUGGAACCUCCCAUACCCACGUCUGAAACCGAUUGUAGCCAAGCAAAAAGACGAUGUAUUAAAAAAUCCUCAAAUAAAACUCAGUCAGAAAAGCAUCGUACGAUAAGGGAAAAAAUUAUAUCUAUGAAGGAUUCUUUGAGUGUUGAUGCUUCUACAUACAAAAAAGAUAACCAGGUGCAGAGUGAUAAGGGAACUAGUUCCGGAAUUCAAUUAACGUCUCGCAAUUUCGUAAAGUGGUGUCCUGGAACCCAUUUUAUUCGUGUAUCAGAUCCAGAGGAGGAUGCAUCGGUCAAAAUGUUUUUAAAUAAACGUUAUAAGGUCAAAAUCGUGAAGAAGGAAAAAAUUGAUCAAACGAUUUAA